CGUCGCCGUCGCCGUCGCCGUCAUCGUCGCCGCCAUCGUCGUCUGCAGUUGGGCAUUGUCGCUGUCACGCUGCUCGAGGAAAUGGCUGUGUCGCUUGGGCAGCGCGCCCUGUGUCUCCUCGGCGUGCGCGCUGUCCGGCUUCUCUGUCAAGGGCUCCAUGUUCAUGUUUGCCGUCGCGGCAGAAAAGCGCAACCCCCAAAACCAGUCCCAAUGAAAUCAGAUGGGUUGAGGUCCAGACGGCAUCCCCCUAAUUAUACGCCAAAACCCCAACUUCUCCACGCCGAUCAUGGCCGCCGUUCCUUGGAAACCGAUGCCAUCAUCGUCCCAUCAUCAACCUGACACGACUUCCCCGCAUUGCAGCCCGAGCGAUCGCCACCCGGUUUUCCUGCAUUUGGCCCUUUCCGACGGUUUCACGGGCACGUGGUCCGCUUGGCUUCACCAAUUACCGCGGCAAGGGUCCUCGAUCGCCGUCAGUGGCUUUUCGUUGGCUCGAUCAAACCUCGCCGAAUCAAAGUACUGGAGUUGCACAGGUAUUAUGCAGUUGCCUCUGAAUGCACGGGUGUGGCGUGGUUAUCUGUGUAGACCUCGUGUUGUGGUGACAAAAUGUGUAGAAAGUGCA